AAAUCUCUCUUUAAUAAUAAUAUCUUUUCGCAUUUCCAAAUACGCUUGAUCCCAACUCUAGCUGUACAAUCUCAAUUCUGUUUAAUCCUCUAAGUUUGUUUAAUCCCAAGUCUGUUUAAAAUCAAGUCAGUUUAAUCCCACCUCUAUUUAAUCCCAACUCUUUAUAGAACCAACCCUUUAUAAUCCCACAAAUUUAUAACACCAACUCUUUUUAGUCAAAACAAGUUUUUUCGAACUAUAUUUAUUCCCAAUUCUGUUUAAUCCCAUCACUUUUUACUCCCAACUCUGUCUAAUCCCAGCUAUAUAUAAUCCCAAAAAUCUAAAAUACCAACUCUUUUUAGUCUCAAUUUGGCUUAAUAUAGAACCAGUUUUUUUCCAACUCUAUUUUUUUCCAAUUUUGUUUAAUUCCAAUUGAGCUAGUUUAAUCCCAUUUUUUGUUUAUUCCCAACUCUGUUGAAUCCCAACUCUAUUAAGUCACAACUCUGGAUAAGGCUAUUUUUUAACAAUCCCAACUUUGUUUAAUCCCAACUCUGUUUAAUCCCAAGUUAAUUAGAAGUGUUAACCGUGUUCAUGAAUUUUGUAUUUGAGAAAUGAUGUUGCUCCCUGUAUCGAGGAUAUUACUGAGUAUACUCUGUGUAUCCUCUGUAUCCGGUUGCCUUCCACCCAACUUCUUCCAGGCCUUGUUCCAACCACAAGUUAUUGUAACAACGACAACAACAACAACAACAACGUCAUCAAUAUCAACAGGAACAACAACAAGUACUUCUAGUUCUUCUUCAUCAUCGGUCAGUACUGAAGAACCAUUGACAGGAAAACUCAGGAAUGCGACAGGUUGUGGUCUCCUAGGGACCCCGCCUAAUAAAAGACAACUCAGGAAAGCAUUAAAUAAACGGAAGAAAAAUAAAGUGAAGAACCCUGAAGAUGAUACGAGGAUAGUUGGAGGGGUGGCGACCUAUGAAAAUGAGUUCCCCUGGCAGUGCAGUAUAUUAAAUCGGGACAAUUCCUGGUAUGGAUGUGGAGCUUCAAUCCUGAGCUGUGACCCUGUUCUUAUAAUAACAGCUGCUCAUUGUGUAUAUAAUAGAUUUGCUGACGAAAACAACAUUAAUGGAGAAAUAAAGGUUUCCUGUGGCGAUCAUUUUACAACUGGGUUAGAUACCAAUGAGAAAAGAGCGAGUGUGACCAAAAUUACUAUUCAUGAAUCAUACAAUUCUGACACAUUUGAGAAUGAUAUUGCCAUUCUUCAUGUCUCCAGUGGAAUCACAUGCUCCCAGGGCAAGAUCUGGCCAGCCUGCCUUCCAAACGCACAGACGUACAGUAUGGUAGGAUGGACUGAUGCCUAUGUAUCUGGCUGGGGAACUACAUCUGAGGGAGGACAGGUUUCAGAUAUAUUAAGAAAGGUUCAGAGUCCUAUAGUAUCCGACUCGACAUGCAAAGCGUUUUAUGGUAGUUCUGAAAUCAAAGAUAAUAUGAUCUGCGCUGGUUUAGCAGAGGGAGGAGUAGAUGCCUGCCAGGGUGAUAGCGGUGGACCUCUAGUAGCACGUGGCAGUACUGCAGUUGGAUACAGCCUGGUGGGAGUUGUCAGCUGGGGAAACGGUUGUGCAAGGCCUGGUUACUAUGGAGUAUACGCAGAAGUUUCCAAGUUUCUGACUUGGAUUGAAUAUUAUAUGGAUUAAUAAAAUAAAAAAAAAUAUGUCUAGAUAUAGAAUUCAAAGUUAGGAAACGGAAAUGGUUUCCGUAGUUUCCAAGAUUGGAACGGAUAGAAUCUCAUGAAUAAUAUAUUUGUAACUGUUAUUUAUUGCUUUAGUAUUUAUUUUUCAAUAAAAUUUUGAUUAUUAAA